AUGUACUAUUACAUGGGUAAGAACGCGCUGGCUCGAUUUUUUCCUGACAUCUUUGGGAAUUCCGUACCCAAAGGUGCAGUAGCACUCGCUGCCACAAUACUGGCUCCGGCACUUGAUGAAUACAGGAAAGGCGUGUGGCGCGUGGGAAAAUUGCAUGUCGAUACAUACCGUCCCAUUCAUGAAGGUAUCCUAAACUUGAUGGACCAGAUUGAAAAAGACCGCUGCCACAAAUCCAAGUGCCUUAAACACAAUUCCAUAUGGUACACAGUCUUUAUGAUGAAUGAUACAUGUUUACCAUGCUUGUGUUGCUACUGUCUGUUCCAGCUCUGUUCCCACCCUUCCUUUGGUUCCUUCCCUACUGCACCACUUCCCGCUAUUUUCCCAGCAUCAGUCUCUGUUAUUCUCCCCCAGCAGACUCCUUUAUGUCUUCCCACUCAAGCUCAACAGGCGACAGCUCUUGAAGGGCCACCCAACACUGUGAAUCUUCUCAAACAACCACAUAGGCCAUCCAAAUGUCAAAAGACAAAGGAUGCUGUGACUGAGGGAGAUGGCAGACUGCCACCCAUUGAAAACAGCCCACUUCACCAAGUCCACCACAUGUCACUUUUGGGAUGUGGUUGGAGACUCAGAGGUGCCAGUGUAAGGAUCUUCGUGGGGGCUCAUGAAAUUUAA